CAGGGUUCUUGUUCAUUUUUAUAUGACUAGAAAGAAGAAAUUAUCUUGUCAAGACUUAAAAUAAUUAAUUCUUCGAGUUUCUACCUAGACCUGCUAAGCAGUAGGAAGAAGGCCAAGGGAAGUUGUGUGGGGAUAAAAACGGACUAGAAUAGAUUUCGUGAGAACGCCAAGUAUAACUUCCUAAGUUGUCGAAAAGCCGAAGCACCUUGAUGGCCAAAAAGAAACUUCUUCAGCGAAAAAGAACUAUUUAAGUGAUAAUUACACAGAUCUUCAUUUAUAUUAUGCGGCUCUGCUAAUAGGCCUAUUUAUUCAUUCAACACAGCUACGACUCGCCAUAAAACCACCCCCUAUUUUGGGAUUAACCAGAGGCCACGAUCGACUUAACUACCACUUGGAAGCAACAAUACAUACACUUUUGACAUUAUGAGUUGGUUCCAGAAGCUGUCGGCCGCGCUUCCACUUAACAUUCUUACCGCGCUUGACUUUUUUUCCUACGCCGAAGCAUCAUAUAUCCCUCUAAGACCUAUAUCACAGGGUCCAAUGACCACACCAGCUCCUAUAGUCCCUCGAGCCACUGAAAGUUUUACUGCUGUAUCAGAAUGUCAUAUGCACGGCGUUUCAAUAUUAUGUCUCUAUGGUACAACAGAGCUUCAAGUAGUGGUGCCGGCGACAGCCACUAGUGAGAUUCCUCCUACAUAUACAGGCUGUCAUACACACGGGGGUGAAUCAUUUUGCCUUGCGCCUAACGGCUCCGAUGUUGAAGUCCUCGGUCUUAACAGCGAGGACCCAGCCAAUCACUCAGAAGAGGGCGACGCACACAGUGAGAGUGUGGGACAAACUUGUCAUUUCCAUGCAGGGGUUGAACAUUGUGUCGGCAGGUCGAGCGAGAGUAGCGUAGCACUAUGCUCCCGACGAGAUCGAGACUACAACGUCCCUCUUAGGAUUGCACUUCUCUUCGUCAUUCUAGUCACGAGCUUCAUCGGCGUCGCAGGGCCAAUAUUCCUUAAGCCUAUACUGCCACAGAAGUUCCAGCCAGUUUUCCUCAUUCUAAAGCAGUUCGGUACCGGAGUUAUAAUAUCAACAGCAUUUGUCCAUCUUUUCACGCAUGCUGAGCUUAUGUUCACCAAUGAGUGUCUUGGAGAGCUUAAGUACGAAGCGACAACAGCUGCGAUUGUCAUGGCCGGAAUGUUCUUUGCAUUCGUAAUAGAGAACGUGAGCCAUCGUUUAGCCCAAAGGUUCUGGGCCAGAACUCAGUACAACGGCGAGGUGGUUGGCGUCGCAGUGCUUGAAGCUGGCAUAAUAUUUCACUCGCUUCUGAUCGGCGUUACUUUGGUGGUUGCAGGGGACAGCUUCUUCGUAACUCUUUUUGUUGUCAUCCUCUUCCAUCAGAUGUUUGAGGGUAUAGCUCUCGGUACCCGCAUUGCCUCGGUUGGUCAUUUUAAUAGAGCCGAAGGAGAAAAUGCCAAUCAUGCACAAUUAAUCAUAGAUGAUACCGCGUCCACACAAGUUCCAAUAAUAACGGAUAACGGAGACUCUCUGCAGGGGAAUAAGAAUUUGAACUCGUUACCAAUAUCCCAUAAGUUUCUGAUGGCUGCCGCCUUUGCUUUGGUUACUCCGGUUGGUAUGGCAAUUGGUAUUGGGGUUCUGAAUCAGUUUAAUGGUAACGACCCUAGAACACUGAUUACUCUGGGGACUCUCAAUGCUUUAUCAGCCGGUAUACUCAUAUGGGUUGGAGUUGUGGAGAUGUGGGCGGGAGAUUGGAUGUUUGGUGGUGAAUUGGCAGAUGCAGGGGCUCUAAUAACAACUCUUGGAGGAUUAGGACUUGUUGCGGGAAUGGCUCUAAUGGGCUUUUUAGGAAAAUGGGCAUGAGGAUAUGAGGAUGGUAGCGUCAUUAUAGAUCAUAGAUUUCAUAUCGUAUAAGAUGAGCCAAGACUCUCUAUAUCUAAUGAACGCAAUUGAACCACGAUCUAGUUCAAGUUUCAUUCCUAUAGUUACCUGGUAUCAUUCUGUAAUUGAGUUAUGGCGCUUCCCUAGUGACGAUGUG